AUGGCGAGCGGAUUCUGGGCGGUGCGAAUGACUGAACGUGCGACGCUGAUCUCUGCAUUGGUUUGCCCGUUCGACCAUUUUAAAUGGCUCAGAAUUCCCUUUGGAUUGAAGAAUGCACCGAGCAUCAUCAAUAACUGUCUGUGGGGAUUCGUCCGUCUGCCUCCUGAAGAGGAAGCGUUGGUUGACCAAGAAGUUCUAGAGGUUUUUAAUCUUGAGCCGCAAGAGGUCCUGAAACCUGAGGUAGAUAUGCGGGAUUUAGAGACCACAGCAUUGGACAUGACUGUAUUUCGACGCAAUAUCCCGGCUCCGUCACAAAUGGGCCCGGUCUUCAAAAGAAGCUCGUAUAUUGACGAUAUCGCCCAUGGGGCGUCGACCUGGGACCAAUUAUGUGAAGGCCUGGAUGCGCUGUUACACAGACUACGAUAUGAAUUCGGUAAGUUGAUCAUCCAAUUUCUCUCUCAUGAAGUGAGUGCGGACGGAAUCAGGGCCUUGCCGAAGAUUGUCAAAGGCAUAGAGGAUCUACCGUUCCCUUCGACCUACAAGGGAGUGCAGUCCUUCUUAGGAAGUCUGAAUUAUUAUAACAAGUUUAUUGAAGGCUUACGUGUAGUUGCCGCUGUGCUCUACGAACUAGACGAAGAACGUGUACGUGCUGGACGGAACCUCGAAGCCGCAAAGGAGUCUUUCGAGAUACUGAAACGUAAGAUCGUGUCGACCCCGAUGUUGCGACAUCCAGAUAGAACCAAUCCUUUCGUGAUAAUUCCGCAUGCCAACCUGUGGGCAGCGUGUGCGGUUUUGGGUCAGGAGCAUGAAGGACUCAUACAUCCCGAAUCAGAGCUACGUUACCACAUAGCUGAAAAGGAAAUGCUCGCAAUCUUGCGCUACUCUGUACUAAAGUGGUUACUACAAUCCAACACUACAGAUGGACGACAUCUGAAGUGGGGGCUGGAACUAUCAAGAUGGACACUGGAAAUCCAUCGGACUCAGAAAGAUGAGGACGGCCUUGCGGCUAUCCUUGGGUCUGGAAUUGCUCCCAGAGAACAUUUAGAUGAAGUUGCAGAAACCCUGAUUCCCGCCAAGGGGCGUCUGAAAGUGAUGCCACCAGUGAGUCUAGAAAUGUUGGAAGCAGAUUGCCAAGGCUACGUUCUGAGAUUUGAUGGCGCUGCGAAUGUUUCCACUCGCCGAGGAAGUUGUGGAUGCAUACUGUGGAAGUUGCCAGGAUGGCAGGUUGUGAAAGCUGAGGGACACGUCCUUGAAGGUGUGACGGUCAACGGCGCUGAAUACUAUGGUUUGAUUCGGGGAUUAAAGCUCGCUAUGAAGUACGAUGUCAAGGAGCUUGUGGCAGUCGGUGAUUCUCGAAUCGUCGUUCAGCAGGCUCAGGGUCUGAUCAAUUCCAACCAGCCCAACCUGCAACGACGUUUAGCUGAGUAUGAAGAUCUCAGGAAGGAUUUCGUGUCAGUUAAAUGGAUUCAUGUCAAACGUGAGUUUAACCAAGCGGCUGACUACCUGACCUCUAAGACUCUUGUGCUCGAAGAAUCCUGGGAACUCAAUGACCCCCAUGAGAUAGUGCAUCUACGUCUCGUAUCAAGGAUCCCUGAAAAGAUCAUGAGGCCUUCAGAACUUCCAAGUAUCCCUGCGACCGACGCAGUUCGUUCAGACCAAGUCAGACUCGGAGCGGAUAGUCCUGAUGUCGGAAUACCAGAGUCCUUAGCUACUGCUGCUGAAGCAUUGAUGGUGAUGACGAGGUCACGAAUAGAAACGGGCGUAGGUUCUCGGACCCCUGUAGACCAGUCUGGAUACCAAGAUGAACGUUGGAAGAGAAUUAAAGUUCGCCAAGACGAAGACUUGUGGAUUCAGUAA